GCACCGGGAAGCAGCGCGACGCCGCUUCCUGCUUGAGGGCGGGCACUGCUGCUGUGAGGAGGUUCGUGUGUGAGUGUGUUUAAGUGUGUCCGAGUGUGUGUGAGUGUGUUCUCCUCCGCCAUGGACGACGAGCCCGAGAGGACCAAGCGCUGGGAAGGAGGCUACGAGAGAACAUGGGAAAUACUGAAAGAAGAUGAAUCCGGGUCGUUGAAGGCAACCAUCGAGGAUAUCCUGUUCAAGGCCAAGAGGAAAAGAAUCUACGAACACCAUGGACAAGUCCGGCUGGGAAUGAUGCGUCACCUUUAUGUGGUUAUUGAUGGAUCCAGAACGAUGGAGGACCAAGAUUUAAAACCCAACAGACUCACUUGCACUUUGAAGUUACUGGAAUAUUUUGUUGAAGAGUACUUUGACCAGAAUCCCAUUAGUCAGAUGGGCUUAAUUGUAACCAAGAGUAAAAGAGCUGAGAAAAUGACAGAGCUUUCAGGUAACCCAAAAAAGCACAUAGUUGCUCUAAAGAAAGCGGUGGAUAUGAACUGCCAAGGAGAGCCAUCUCUAUAUAAUUCCCUAAACUUGGCCAUGCAGACUUUAAAGCAUAUGCCAGGACAUACAAGCAGAGAGGUUUUAAUAGUCUUCAGCAGUCUUACAACAUGUGAUCCGGCUAACAUCUAUGAGCUAAUCAAGAGUUUGAAAGCAAUGAAGAUCAGAGUGUCUGUCAUUGGUCUGAGUGCUGAAGUUCGAGUCUGUACAGUACUGACCCGAGAAACUGGAGGCACAUACCACGUUAUUUUAGAUGAAAGCCAUUAUAAGGAACUGCUGAUGCAUCACGUUAGUCCUCCACCCGCCAGUUCCAGUUCGGAGUGCUCCCUGAUUCGAAUGGGUUUUCCCCAGCACACCAUUGCUUCCCUUUCUGACCAAGAUGCAAAGCCAUCCUUCAGCAUGGCACAACUGGAAAACAACAGUGAGCCAUGUCUUACACUGGAUGGGUAUUUCUGUCCUCAGUGCAGAGCCAAAUACAGUGAACUUCCUGUGGAAUGCAAGAUCUGCGGUCUUACACUGGUGUCUGCACCUCAUCUGGCUCGGUCUUACCACCACCUGUUUCCUUUGGAUGCCUUUCAGGAAAUUCCACUGGAGGAAUAUCAGGGAGAACGGUAUUGUCAAGGCUGCCAAGCAGAAUUCAAAGAUCAAAGUGUGUUUGUAUGUAAAAUGUGCAAGAAUGCAUUUUGUGUGGAGUGUGACAUGUUUGUUCACGACUCCCUGCACUGCUGUCCUGGCUGUAUUCAUGAGCACCCCACUCCCGCAUCUGUAUGAUGCCAUCUUUUAUUUUAAGAGAUUGUCGUAUCGGUUUUAUCCUUGUGUAAAUCUGUGUUUUUUACUUGGCCUUCAGUGAGGCACCUCAAAAUAAGAGUGAUUGAUUACAGGAGAAUGAACGCUGGGCUGGAAGCAGAUAUGUUUAUCUGAUGCAUUAAUUUUGUAACCGAUCAGAUGCAUUUAAUUCAGGAAUAUAUUUAUUUUAAAAGUUAUGAGGUUUUUCUGACUGUUGCUGCGGGUUUACAUGUACAUUUGUAAAUGUGGGAGUAAUAAAACUAGUUUUUUAUUUAGCAUGAUGGA